AUGGAAGCGCCGGUAGUAAAGUUUAAGAAACGAGGCGCAAAAGCAGCUCCCCGCAAAGCCGCACCGCCGCCGCCGCCACGCUCGGAUUCAGACGACUUCUCUUCGGGGUCAGAAGCAGAAGGCGGAGAUGGUCGCGUAGUAAAACGUCGCAAGGUCAACGGAAAUUCCCUGAAAGCUUCGACCGCCGACCAGAAGCCUAGCAUAACAGGACUGGAGGGAACCACACAAUACGAAGCAAACCGCUCUGCGACAAUAGAGGCGAGCAACGAUGCUACGAAGCAGUCAAACUGGUUCGAGGGCGAUGAUGACCUGAGCUCAAAGAAUCUGCUCGGCAGCACGCGCACGAAACCCACGACAUUCAUCGAGAAGAACCCUGAUGCGCCUGCACGGCAAGUUGGCCCUCAGAAAUCCUCUUCCAACGUCCGAACAAUCACCGUCACCGAUUACACACCCGACGUCUGCAAGGACUACAAGCAAACUGGUUUCUGUGGGUUUGGCGACAACUGCAAGUUCCUGCACGCUCGUGAGGACUAUGCCGCUGGCUGGAAGCUCGAUCGCGAAUGGGAGAUGUCAACAAAAGGCAAGAAGCCAGGUGGCACCAUUGUCGCUUCGGCCAAUCGUGACGAGAAGGAGAAGGAUGAAGACGGUGUGGACCUGGCAUUGCUGGAGAAGAUACCAUUUGCGUGCCUGAUAUGCAAGAAGCCCUACAAGAGUCCAAUCGUGACCAAGUGUGGGCACUACUUUUGCGAGGCGUGUGCGCUGAAGCGGUACAGAAAGGAUCCCACAUGUGCAGCCUGCAAUGCCAAAACGUACGGUGUGUUCAAUGGGGCCAAGAAUCUUCAGAGGUUGCUGGAGAAAAAGCAGAAGUGGGAGGACAAGAAGAAGGCGGAGGCUGAGGCCGCGGAGAAGGAGGAUGAGGAUCCAUAG